UCCAUAUGCCUCACCACUCACUCAUCCAUCACAGCAAUAAGCAGCAACCAGCAGUGCGGUACACACUCUCGAUCAACUAAUUCUAGCUGAUCAGCCCUAUAGCUAAGCUUGUUGCAUAGCAAGCAAUGGGGUACUCCAAAACCCUAGCGGUUAGCCUGUUCGCCGUGCUGCUCCUUGCACCGGCCGUCCUGGCAUCCGACCCUGACCCUCUCCAGGACUUCUGUGUCGCCGACCUUGACGGCAAAGCGGUCUCAGUGAAUGGUCAUCCGUGCAAGCCCAUGUCGGAGGCCGGCGAUGACUUCCUUUUCUCGUCAAAGCUGGCCAAGGCCGGCAACACGUCUACCCCCAACGGCUCGGCCGUGACGGAGCUCGACGUGGCUGAGUGGCCCGGUACGAACACGCUGGGCGUGUCCAUGAAUCGGGUGGACUUCGCGCCGGGGGGCACCAACCCGCCGCACGUCCACCCCCGUGCCACCGAGAUAGGCAUCGUGAUGAAAGGUGAGCUCCUCGUUGGAAUCCUCGGCAGCCUUGACUCCGGGAACAAGCUCUACUCCAGGGUGGUGCGCGCUGGAGAGACCUUCCUCAUCCCCCGUGGCCUCAUGCACUUCCAGUUCAACGUCGGUAAGACGGAGGCCUCCAUGGUCGUCUCCUUCAACAGCCAAAACCCUGGCAUCGUCUUUGUGCCGCUCACGCUCUUCGGCUCAAACCCGCCUAUCCCGACGCCGGUGCUCACCAAGGCGCUCCGGGUGGAGGCAGGGGUCGUGGAACUUCUCAAGUCCAAGUUCGCCGCUGGGUUUUAAUUCCUGGGAGCCUUCCUUAAAUAAUCAAUGCAUAAUUCUGUAUAUGCAUGGUAGCAAAAUUUAAUGAUUCUCAGCAGAAGACAUGUAUUCAAGCUUCCGGUUAAUCUCGCAUGCAGUUGUAAUAAAUUGAAUAAGUUAGCCUCAUGGUUUAAUCUUCAGAACCAAUACGAGGAAUUGAAUGUACUACCUUUUAUUGCCAUCUUUGUCAAAAAAUAUAGUUUGCAUUUUGCA